AUGCAACCACCAAGUCGGACCUCGCGUAUAAACCUGACUGAGUUGAAAGCACAGAUAGUCAAGAGAAUUGGGCCCGAGAGGUCGGAGCAGUAUUUUCGCUAUUUGAGCAGAUUGUUGAGUUUGAAGCUGAGCAAGGCUGAGUUUGAUAAGCUUUGUUGGAAGCUGCUUGGGAAAGACAAUGUUAGGCUCCAUAAUCAGCUUAUACAUGCAGUUUUGAAAAAUGCUCAUGGAAAGGGGGCCAUCCCCCUGCAGAAUGGGGAUUUUAUUCCUUCUCUACCGCGAAGAUCGCCAAACGGUAACUCUGAGGGCCUGAGCGGGAUAGUAAAUUUCACCCCUCGUCUUCCAACGACUGAGAAUUGUAAAGUCAAUAUGGAAGAUCAGGAUCCUAUUUGUCUGGCUUUACUGAAGCCAGUGCAGCAUCAUCAAGAAGCAGAGAAUUACAUUAGACUGCCAAUUACGAAUAUACCAAGGAGUGGUUUAGUCUGUGCAAGAACCAAGGACCACAGUAAGCCAACAGUUUCUAAAUUUGCACAAGAAGUAUGCAACAGACAUCAAGUUCAAGCUCCUCUGGGAAUCUCACUCUCCCCUGCUAGGGCAGGAGGUGCCCAGAGAGCCUUAGCGCUCGCGAGCAAUAUUAGAUGUUCAAGCUUUCAUAAUGAAGGUGGACUGCUAGAUACCAAGACAUUGAGAGAUCGCAUGGAGCAGGUCGCUUCAGCUCAGGAUAUUGAAGGGGUGUCAAUGGACUGUGCGAGUCUACUGAAUAACGGAUUGGAUGCUUACUUAAAGGGGCUUAUCAGGUCUUGCAUUGAGGUGAUGAAAACGAGAUGUGGGGAUAGGUUGAGAAAAAGCAGUCUCCACAUGAACAGCUUUCCGAAAGAUAAAGUUGUCUUGCCAAGUGAUCGAUUUUGGCUACAAAAUGGUGGUAGGCCUUUAGAAUUUAAGGAGGAAGUGAAACCCCCAUUUGUCAUAUCGAUGUUGGACUUCAAGGUUUGCAUGGAGCUAAAGCCUCAGCAGCCCGGGGAAGAUUGGCCAGUGCUGCUAGAGAAAAUAUCUGCACGUGCAUUAGAGGGCUAA